AUGGUUAAAUUUUAUUUAAAUGUAUCAGCUACCUUAGAUGGCGUAACUAAUUUCCAACCCAUUGAUACUCCAGAAUCUCCAUUUGAAUAUACAUUUACAAUUCAAUGUACAAAAUGUCGAACUACUCAUGAUAAACCAAUUACGAUAAAUCGAUUUGAAGAACAUGAUAUUACGGGAUCAAGAGGUGAAGCCAGUUUUGUAUUCAGAUGUAAAGAAUGUAAAUCUGAACAUUCGAUAUCGAUAUUAAGAACUACUAAAUCAUUAACUUUAGAUGAUGAUAAGAAAUCAAUUCCAAUAUUAGAAAUUGAUGCUAGAGGUUUAGAUAUUGAAAAAUUCAUUCCCGAUGGUUUAUAUCAAGCUAUUGGUGCUGAAUCAAACACCAAGUUUAAUGAUUUUGAAUUUGAUGAUGGUGAAUGGUAUGAUUAUGAUGAUAAAGCAGGAGCUGAAGUUUCCAUAACUGAAGUUGAAUGGGAUGUGGCUCGUUCCUAA